AGAAUGCUGGGCAGGUUUCUUCUGCCUGGGGGGUGCAAAUCGCCCUGACCCUCCUUUGAGAGACAGCCGUGGAGGACCGUGUCCAAAAGGUUAUUACUGUUCUGAGGGCUCUGUGGCUCCUCAGCAGUGCCCCUUGGGAACCAUCAGUACAGAAGAUGGCCGAGCCAGCUGCAGCACCUGUCCCCAGGGUUUUUAUUGUCCUGGCAUUGGUAAUGACUCUCUGUCGGGAAGUAAUGAGUGUCCAGUGGGUCAUUACUGCCCAUCCGGGACUUGGUCCAAACACCAGUACCCCUGUCCAGUUGGAUCCAUCAACCCCCACACUCGGAUGGCAACACCCCAGGACUGCUUGCCCUGCCCUCCAGGCUCCUUCUGUGCGUCACCUGGGAAAGGUGUUGCAUCAGGCCAAUGUGAUGCUGGGUACUACUGCCUCUCUGGGGCUUGGUCACCCAUGCCAGAGGAUGGAGGGAGGACAGGUGACAGAUGUCCUGAAGGUCAUUACUGUCCCCAGGGUUCCAAAGCACCAUUACCCUGUCCCACAGGACGUUAUAGCAACAAAACCGGGAACCAGUCAUCUCUCCGACUGCCUGCUCUGUCUUCCAGGUUUCCUGUGUGUCACCAGAGGGCUCUCUUUCCCUUCUCAAAUCUGUCCAGCUGGAUCUUACUGUCCAGGCAGAGGAAACAACAGCCAGCUGGCCUCUAUACCCUGCUCACCUGGAAAUAUGUGCCCACCUGGAUCUGAUAGGCAGAUAUCCUGCUUGCCAGGGACCUACCAGGAUUUAUCAGGACAGGCAGAGUGUUUUAAAUGUCCAGCAGGAUUUUACUGUGCUGGCUCAGUGGAUCCUGACACUGGAUAUGUGUCUGGGACUCACACUCCCAUGCUGUGUCCUAAAGGACACUAUUGCCCGUCAGGAACGCAGUCUGGUGUUGCAUUCCCAUGCCCAGCUGGUGCCUUCAGCAGGCAGAUGGGGUUGUCCAAUAAGUCGAGCUGUGAGCUCUGUCCUCCGGGGAGAUACUGCAGUUCCUCUGGACUGGCUGCUCCCACUGGGGUCUGCUCUCCUGGUUACCUCUGUAUCCAUGGUUCUGUUUCUGCCCAACCAGAGGAGGGCCCAACAGGAGGCCGCUGCUCCGCAGGGUCCUACUGCCCCCAGGGCACUAGCUAUAUGGUUCCCUGCCCUGCAGGCACCUUCAGCUCCAUAGAUGGGGCAGUUUCUAUAGAAGUAUGUCAGCCCUGUUUGCCUGGCCAUUACUGUGGCAAGGUUGGCCUCUCCUCCCCAUCUGGACCCUGCAACCCUGGCUUCUACUGCAAAGAAGGAUCCAAAACGGCAACACCUUGGGGUAAUAUCAUAGUUACAGGAUACACCACUUCUCCAUCCCCACUUCCUGGCGAUUCAGACCUGGGUCAGUUCCAUGGUGAUGUGUGUCCUGCAGGCCACUAUUGUCCUAGAGGGAGUGCAGAGCCAAGCCCCUGUCCUCCAGGCACUUUCUUGGGGAAGUCUGCAGCUGAGUCUGAGGCAGACUGUGAAGCUUGUUACCCAGGUUUUUACUGCCCCUCGUGGGCUCAGAUCUCUGUUGACCUCCUCUGCCCCCUAGGGUGGUUCUGUCCACCAGGAUCAAUGUCUGGACAUCAACCAGGAUGUCAGUGCCCACCUGGCCAUGCCUGCCCACAUGAUAGUGCUGAACCAGCCAUCUGUAGUCCUGGCACUUUUCAGUCUUCAUCUGGCCAGUCAACUUGCAACACCUGUCCACCAGGUUUCUACUGUAUGGAGGGUUCAUCUGUACCAUCUCCUUGUCCGGCGGGCCAUGUCAAUCCAUCACCUGGCAGGACGUCCCUCAGUGACUGCUCCCCCUGCCCCCCUGGCUCCUUUUGUAACAGCAGUGCUCUGACAGAGCUGUCUGGACCCUGCAGCCCAGGACAUUUUUGUUCCCUCGGGUCCACUGAGCCUUCUCCUGUCUCCCAGCUUUAUGGAGAUGUUUGUCCCAAGGGACACUUCUGUCCUCGGGGUAGUGGGUCACCAAAACCCUGUCCGGUUGGCAGCUUCCUUCCAGAGCCUGGUGCUUCCUCCCCCUCUCACUGCCACUCUUGCCCCCCAGGGAAAUACUGCCUCAGUCCUGGAGCCUCGCAGCCCACAGGUCUGUGUUUCCCAGGUUUCUUCUGUUCUGAAGGUGCAGAUAGCCCCACACCUCGAGCCAAUUCCUCUUUGUUUUGCUGUCUUCAUGAAAUACUGGAGGUUUAUACGACAAUGACAGAGACCGCCUUCUGGAUGCGCAAUCUGCCCUGCUUCAAUAACUCCAGUAAUUCUGGGAGAGAUGCUAAGUGGAUCGAAGUGGUAACAGCACCACAGGCAGAUUCAGACCAUAUUGUGACUCACUCACCGCCAUGUCUCAAGAGUCAAGAUUAUGCAUGUUCCACCUACAGAGGAGAUAUAUGCCCUAGGGGUUUCUAUUGUCCCUUGGGCUCCGCCUACCCCCAGCCCUGUGAGGCUGGCUCUUACUGCAACAGGACAGGUUUGGAUGCCCCAGUAGGGCCAUGUGCUGCAGGAUAUUACUGCCCGAAAGGUUCUUUAGACGCCCAUGCCACCCCUUGCCCCACAGGACACUACUGCCCCCUUGGAACUCCUCUUCCUCUGCCCUGCCCUAUUGGAACCAUAAAAUCUUCCCUUGGUGGAUUUACAGUUGAGGCGUGCCAGCUGUGUCCUCCAGGUCACUACUGCCACCAGAGAGGCAGAGCUGAGCCAAGUGGCCAGUGUGCAGAAGGCUACUACUGUCCUGAGGGACAGAGCUCUGAGAGACCACAACAACAUGUCUGCUCAGUGGGACAUUAUUGUGAGAAGGGCAGUGUCAGACAGACAGUCUGCCCUCCGGGCAGCUACCAGCUCAGACAGGGCCAGGGCAGCUGCGAGACAUGCCCUGCUGGUUUCUAUUGUCAAGAUCAAGGAAUGACCCGUCCACUUCUCUGUGAGAAAGGAUUUUAUUGUCCCAGUGGAUCAGUAAAUCACUAUCCCUGUCCAGCAGGGACCUAUGGAAACAUAUCAGGACUGGUUGAGGAAUGGCAGUGCUCACCGUGUGACCCUGGGACGUACUGUGAAGGGACAGGGAGGACUCACCCCACUGGGCAAUGUGCUGCCGGGUUUGUAUGUGUUGGGAGAGCCUCUGAACCUGCACCGUCCGAUGCUCUGACUGGAUUCCCAUGUCCUUCUGGCUUCUACUGCUCUGUGGGGACCUCUGUUCCAAAACCAUGCCCAAAAGGAACAUUCAGUGAACAGAGCGGGCUUGUAGAUGAGUCUCAGUGUCAUAGCUGCAGUCCUGGCUUCUACUGUUCAGAGAGUGGCCUCUCUGCAGUCUCUGGACCCUGCCUGCCAGGUUACUACUGUCUAGAGGGAUCCCAGACUGCUACUCCAAUGUCAAGUGAAUCUGGAAGUGUUUGUCCUGCAGGCCACUACUGUACAGAGGGCAGCAGUGUGCCUUCACCCUGCCCAGCUGGCUCUUACCAAAAUGAGACUGGAGGAAAGGGCAAAGAUGACUGCAAACCAUGCCCUUUUGGCUUGUUCCAGGAGUUAUCAGGCCAGAAAGAAUGUAAUCCCUGUCCUCCUGGAUUCCACUGCCAGUCCCUGAGUCCCAUCCCCACCAGGGGGAGCUCCACUGGUGUCUCUAGCCCUCUGCCCUGCCCAGCUGGCUACAUCUGUCCCAGGGAGAGUCCAGACAGUCAUCCAAUCCCCUGCCCUAAAGGAACUUACAGUCCAAACCAGGGUCUCACUGUCACAGGUGAGUGCCUAGUGUGUCCACCCGGUCAGUUCUGUGGCUCUGAAGGUUUGACUGAGCCCUCCGGAUCAUGUGCUUCUGGGUUUCUUUGUCUGGUGGGUGCCACAGUACCGAACCCGACUGACAACAGAACUGGAUCUCUCUGUCCACCUGGGAUUUUCUGCCAGCGGGGGCAAAGAGCAGGUGAUUGCUGGGCAGGGUUUUAUUGCGGCUGGGGCUCUAGCAGACCAGAUCAGGCCCUGUGCCCAGCUGGUUUCUUUUGCCCUAGUGGAACACCAGUCCCUAUGCCUUGUCCUGCAGGAACAUUUAGCUCUGAAACAGGAAACACACACCAGGACAACUGCACCACCUGUACCCCUGGAUCCUACUGUCAAGCUGAAGGUACUGUCCAGCCUGCCCUGUGUCCCUUGGGAUACUACUGUCCUCCAGGACUGAUUGUAGGACUUGAGUUUCCUUGUCCACCUGGCACUGUGCAGAACCAGCUCGGAGCUUCUACUUCUGAUGCCUGCCUGCCCUGCCCUGCUGGAAUGUUCUGUUCUCAGUCUGGUCUCUCCCAGCCCACAGGACUCUGCGAAGCAGGAUACUACUGUCCUGCUGGAUCAACCAGCCCAAACUCUGAGUAUCAGGGGAAUUCUACCGGAAGCCAUCUCUGCCCUUCUGGCCACUACUGCCCCUCUGGCACUGGCUAUCCACCCCCCUGCCCCACAGGCUCUCUUUCCAUCUCCCAAGGACUGAAGGGAGUUGAUGAAUGCCCACUCUGCCCCCCUGGACUGUUUUGUGACAAGCCUGCAAUAGCAAAGCUCUCAGAUGCUCUCCCAUGUCAUGCUGGGUAUGUGUGCCUGGGUGGCAGCACCAGUCCCACCCCAUCAGAUGGCUCCCAUGGCUACCUCUGCCCCGCUGGCCAUAACUGUCCUGUUGGCUCAGCAAGUGAGGUGCCUUGUGAGCCUGGCACUUACAGCCCUGCCCCUGGAGCAGCCCACUGCAUAAUAUGCCCGAAAGGGACAAUGUGUUCAUCCUCAGCCACUCAUGAGCCGUCUAUCUGCCCAGCUGGCCAUUUUUGUCCUGCUGGGACAGCUCUGCCUCAUCCCUGCCCUUUAGGGACUUUCAGCAGUCAGACAGGAGCCCACUCUCUCUCUGUCUGCACUUCCUGUCCCUCUGGAGUGUACUGUAGCUCAUAUGGAGCCUCAACACCACAAGGUUCCUGUUUACAGGGUUAUUUCUGCCAGGGGGGGGCCAUGGGACCAACACCGCAGAGCUCUGACAACUUCCCCAGGAACGGUCCCUGUCCUGUGGGCCACUACUGCCCGGCAGGGUGCCUCUCCCCAAUUCCAUGCCCUCUUGGCAGUAUUCGCAACACCACUGGAGGUGUGUCCAUGGAGAGUUGCUCUGCCUGUCCUGCAGGUUACUACUGCUCCACUGAGGGUCUGGCCAGCCCCACUGGCCCCUGUGCUGCUGGUUUCUACUGCCCUUUUGACUUUUCUUCAGCCACUCCAUAUGCCUACCUCUGUCCCAAGGGCCACUACUGUCCAGAAGGGUCUGCCAUGGCUCUGCCUUGUCCCACAGGAGAGUACCAACCAAACCAGGGCUCAGAUAGCUGUAUUCCGUGCCGACCCGGAUUCUACUGUGAGGAGGCCAUAGUGGGGGAGCCUUGGCCCUGCCCACCACACUCAUUCUGCCCUGCAGGCACCAUGGUGCCUCAGCCCUGCCCCAAUGGGACAUACACUGAUUCAAACCAGGGAGGACUACAGGAAGAGAGAGAGUGUUUACCUUGCCCCUCAGGGAAGUUCUGCAGGGCUGGAAAGAUCCAGGGCAUGUGUGCUGCAGGAUAUCUUUGUGUUUCUGGGAGUGCAGAUUUCACACCCCAGGGACCAGUGUCUAACUUCACCCAGUGUCAGUGGGGCAUGCAGUGUGCUGGACCGUGUCCACCAGGUUUCUAUUGUCCUGAGGGCACAGAGGAGGCUCAGUGGUGUCCUGCAAAUACAGCCAGAAGCUCCCCAGGAGGUGCCAGCCCACAGGACUGCUUACCUUGCCCAUCCCAGUACUGGUGUAAACCUGGAGAUCCAGUCCUUCAUCUGUGUCCAGCUGGUUAUUACUGUGAUGGUCUGCCUGGCAGUGACUUCAGUGGAGGGACAGGACCCAGGCCAUGUCCUCUGUAUACCUAUCGAGCUUCCCCUGGAGCAGGCAGCAAGGCUGACUGCCUGCCCUGCCCUCCUGGUUCACACUGUAACAGCACAGGGCUUACAGACUACUCCAACAGCCCCUGCCCACCUGGCUACUGGUGCAGUGGGUCUGGACCCCCCAUCAUUUGCCCUGCAGGCACCAAGAGGCCCCUUCCUGGAGCUGCUACACCCAAGCAGUGUGAACCCUGCGCAGGGGGAACCUUCUGCCCAGACCCUCGGGCUACCGGGAAGCCCAAUGUGGAGGGGAUCCCUUGCAGGGCUUCCUAUCAGUGUCCCAUGGGGGCAGUCUCAGAGAGGUUGUGCAGAGCUGGCUCAUACUGUGGACCUCAGACUGCAGAGCCUCAAGUCUGUCCUGAAGGUUACUUUUGCCCUGAGGGAUCCCAUUCCUACAAUACCCCCAAACAACUCUGUCUGUUUCCCUACUACUGCCCAGCCAACAGCUCUGUCAUGAAGUCCUGUGAAGGGGGCUCUAUGCCUGUCAACACCAGUGGGCUCAGAGGAUCCAAAAGCAGCUGCUGUAGUGUGUGUGAGUCAGGCACCUAUCGUCCGUAUCUCUCCCCCAUCCCACAAUGCCUUCCAUGCCCACCGGGAUACUUUUGUCCCCCAGGUACUGACUACUAUAAGAGUAACACAUGCCCUGUUGGGUAUGUUUGUCCAAUGGGAUCCACUGAACCAAUAGCCUGUCCCCCUGGCUCCUAUGGUAACCUCACUCAUGCUGAGAAAAUGGGUGACUGUCACACAUGUCCAGCUGGCACCUUCAACCACCUGCCUGCACAGAGGGCCUGCUUUCCUUGUGGCAGCUCAUCUACUUCACCAGCCGGUUCUGCCUCUUGUACCUGUAUUGGUAAGAACCGUGCAUUCCAGCACUCAGAUGGUUCAUGUUUGUGCAGAACUGGUUUUAUCUUCUACAACGAGCUGGAUUUCAAAAGUUCUACCUCUGACAGUGAACUGGACUGCCAACCUGAGGUGAACAGACGAUGUGCCACAGGACAGGUACGUCUGGCAGCAUCCAGAGAGUGUGUGUCACCUUCCCACCACUCCUGUAAUAUCACCUGUGGACCACAUGGAGGAACUCUGGAUGUGGAGAUGGGAAUCUGCCAGUGUGAGCGAUAUGUGUCUGCUGAGGAGCUUUGCAAUACUUCCUGCCUCUCCCGACUACCUCAGCUCUCUGCCCAGCUCUCGCCAGAUGGACACCUGCUGCUCAGCCUGAGGGAGAGAAAUGGCAUGGUCUGGGCAAGGACUGUUAUGGAUGUUUUAGGACCAGAUAUCCAUACAAAGAAUUUUGGGAAAAUCCAUUUGGUCCAGUUUGACUCUGAAGGAGUGUUUGGUUGGAUUCCCACACAUAUUGGACUUAUCAACCAGUUUCUGUCAGAACCAGUAGAACUCCUGAAUACAAGACCCAGACAGAGGAGAGACACAGAGGAUGAUGAUGAUGAUGCUGGUGACUUGGCUGUUCUCCCUCGAAUCCCUAACCCCAUAGUCUGUCUCUCCUCUGGUGACAUGCUUAUUUUCCAUCUCACCAUCAACCACACUGACCGCAGCAUGAGUCAUUUCCCAGUGUACCAAAAAGACCACCUGUUUAAUAGUAACCCCAGCUGGGACUUUGGUGCCUUCAGACAUCUGCAGAUACUCAUGAAGCAGACAAACUUCAACUCCACAAGGUUUGCCCACAUCUUUUCAGAGCAAGGGAAGUAUGUGUUUGUGGACAGUGCUGUCCCAGAGUGGAGUAUGGUGGUGGUAGUUAGCGAGGAGGGGACUGAGUGUGAUUCCAGAGCAUCUGUGUUCCAGCCCAUGACCCCAGCACAGCUGGUGAGAUACGGGAUUGUCAAGCAGCACAAACUCAACCUUCUUCCUGACUGGGGAGUGAUUGCAGGGAUCCUGAGUCUGCUGCUGGUUGUAGUUGUAGUUCUGACAACCAUAGUGCUAAUUCUGCGACCCAGCAAAUCAAAACUUGUAUCCCAGUGGAAGAUGAAGCCAAAGUGGCGCAGCCUUGGGGAGCCCUUCUGUCCCGUGGAUUGUGUUUGCAGCGGAGACAGCAUAACUGUCCCAAGCAUAGGUGGCGUCCUAGGCAGUAGGGGUGUAGGAGAAGGCGCUGAGGCUGAGGAACCUGCUGUUUCAAAGGGAGGAAGUGUGUCAAGGCGGUGUGAUUUGGAGGAGUUCAAUGUGAAAACUCUAUACGACAAACUGGAGGAUCAGAACCUCCACAUAGCCUCACAACUGGCUCGACACCGCAAAGACACACAGGAGUUCUACAGAAACAUUUGUCAGCAGACUGAAACACUUAAGAAUGUCUUUGAGAAUAUGGAUCAUAAAAAACUGAGUCUUCUUAAAGAGCUGCUGGUCCAUAAUGCAAUGAGCGAUAAACCAUCUAACAGCACUGUGGGAGAGAGAGAUGCACAAGCUGAGGCUUCUACAGCAUUACUGGGGACUGUUCUCAGGUCUGUGGAAGCUGUCUUAUGCAGGCUGACAGGAGAAGGUUGGCAGAGCCAGGACUUGCCUGGUCUCCCAUACUGUCACACUGGUCCUCAUGAUGCUAGGGAAUGUGAGCCACAACCUGGGGAAACCAAUUUGUGCUAUACACAGUUUUCAUCAAUAAAUUUGACCAAAGCAGAAGCUCCUCCUCAUGAGCCAGUCCAUCUACAGAGCCCAGCUCCUUGUUUAAGUGACCAUGACCUGUCCAAGCUGGUCAGCAUAUCUCCUCUAUUCAAGACCCUGCAGGAGAUCCAGCAGUCUUUACGGAGCCUCACCACAGCUGAGCCUAGUCAGCAUCUCCACAAUGCUGCUGCAGAGCAUUCUGUCCCAGAGAACCACGAUGGACAGCUCAUACCAACUGCACUGGACAGCCUCUCACCUCAACACUCUGCUGUUUUCCUGUUUGGCUGCCAGGUGAUGCAGUUGCUUGAAAACUGCCCCCUGUUCCCCUCUGUGCUUCUGCUACUGGCCAAGUCAAUCCCUGUUUCUUCAUCCUGCUCUAAUGAGGCUAUGUUGGCACAUUGCUCAGGGGACUUUUAUUUUGAUGCAGCCAAUCAAAUCCUUUAUCUGUCAGAGGCAAAGCUCCAGCAUGUGGGACAUUUUAUCAGCAUCAUCCUGCAGUCCAUGGCCCACAUAGCAUCAGAAUCCAAGCCACAGAGCUUUAUGCAAGCUCUUCAUGAGGCCAUUUCAGCUCUAAGCUUUCAGCUGUUCAACUUCUCUUUCAAAUGGAGCAGAGCAGAGUCAAAAUUCAAUGUGUCAGAAGGCCAGCAUGGUGCAUUAGUUGAAGAAUUUCUCAACAUUAGAGUUCCUACUGAAGCACAUUUCACUGAGCACCUAUUAGCUAGCAGACUCAAGAAAUACAAGUAUUUCAAGUUAGAGCAGCUCAUCUCUCACCUCAGACAGAGUUCAGCUGAGGGCACAGACACAGGUUUACCACCAAAAGGGACACCAAUGCAGAUAUCCUGUAUAGAGGAAGAACUUGACUGCUUGAAUGAGUCUUUCUUGCAGCUUAGCAUGCAGCUACAGAAGAGAGCUCAAAUGAGCGCAUGGCAAAAGGAGAGAGAGAAGAGUGCUGCCGAUUCUGCGAGGGCAACACCAACAAGCAUGCCAAGCCUGAGUCGUAAUGGAACAAUCCUGCUGGAACUGAAGAGACGCUAUGUAUCGCAGCGCCUCAAUGAGCUCCAAAUCACAUUAGGCCAGAUCACACAGUGCCAGCAGCAUGACAGCAAGUCAAAAGACAGGACAAGAGGCCGUAUGCAGACAGACAGCAGCACAACUCAGCAGAAGCAGCAGGAGCGUUAUCCCGGCCUAGCUGGCUGCAGUCCCACUGAUGGCCAGCAGCAGGACAGCAUUCCAGCUAGCCAAAGUCACAGCCAACAAACCUUAGGGAGCAGAGGUCUAGGUAACUAUAAACUGGAGAGUCAUAUUUCUGACCAGCAGAGGAGUGACCCUGUCCAGAGCAACAACCCUGAAAUAUUACUGAACUGCCAGAUGCUAGAGAGCAAAGAUCGGGUGUGUCUUAACGCCACAGGGACACAGGAGCUUAACAGUCAGAUCACAGUAGAAAAUAUGACCAGACAUACAAAUACAGAUGACAUAUAGUUGCCUACUGAUCAGAAACUGGAUCGGAAUAUGAAUAAAUGCUGACAAAUGUGUUGUAAUGUGGUUCUCUCACCACUAUUUCUCAGUCCCUUGCCUUUUCUGUGCUCUUUCAUGUUAUUCCUAAAAUAGCUAGGUUAUCAGUGUACAUUAUAAUAUUCUGUCUUGUUUGUCAGAGGAAGGAUCCGAGUGACCUCUGUGGUAAUUUGCACCAGCUUUAAAACAAUUAAUCUGCAUUCUUUGUAAUUAUCUGUGAUCCCAGACAGAAAUGAUUUCUGGCAACAAGCAUCAUCUUGUCCAAAUAGUUUCUCAGUCAGGAGUUAAUACCGGCCUCAAAGACAGAUUCUGUUCAUUACCAUAUUCUAAUUAAGGCAAUAAACUUCAACUGAAUGAACACAAGGUGACACUUGUGCUUCUGCAUUGCCUCCUGCUUU